AUGGUGUCACUGGAGGAAGCCAAGAAGCAUAAUGCCAGUCUGAAGGACUUUUUGCUGAACCUGGUUGCGGCUUUUGGUGACGAUGUGCUGACAUGGAUGGCUGAAGUUGGUGGAACAAGCGGAAUCGGCGAAGCAACUGCCCACGGACAGAUCAGCCUCAUUGAAUGUGAUGCCUCGCGUCUCAGAAGCGUUAAUCAAGCAUGCAAGAAAAUUCAGCAGAAAGAAACCAAGGUCAACCUGCUCUUCAUGACAGCUGGUAUUAUGACCACCAAGGGCCGAGACGUCGCAGCCAAACCCAGUCUUGGAAAAAUCCUAUCGAGGGUGGUGUCUGUGCUGUCUGCGGGUGACAAGACGCCCUUGAUCAUGGAUGACCUCUCUCUGAAGAAGAAUUUCUCUCUUCGCAACUGUGGCAGGCAUGCGAUUACGGUGGCGUCGCUGUCCAUGGAGCAGCUAGCUUCGGCUCACCCAUUGACUUCGUUUGUCCACACAUCCCCGUCCGCAGUGAAGAUGGGCUUGAUGCGUGAUUUCGGGCCGCUGACUCGGGCCGCGAUUGAGGCGAUGUACUUGAUCGCCAAGCUUUCCUUUGUUCCACUCGAUGAAAGCGGAGAGCGCCAUCUUACGCUUCUACGAGUCCCCGCUUCGCGCCACGGGGUGCCCAAGAUGUUGCCGGUGCCGCACAUAGCUCGGAUGGAAUGA